GGAAAGGAUUUCACUGGGUAAGCCUUAUUCCCAAACGAAAUCUCAGUCGCCAUCAGACUAGCCCCACAUAAUCACAACGGAAAAUUGAGCAAUGGAAAACAUAACGAUUGAAAACGAAAUAAAAAUAAGCGAAACCCCCGUUAAGGACUAUGUAAGCGUAUUCCUGUGGAUGUUCAGCUUGAAGGGAUAUGCACGCGGAUUCCUGUGGAUGUUCAUUGGUAUUUUGGGCCUCGUCAAAGCUUUUUACAUUUUCGGUUACUUUUGGCACGGUCUGCCGCUCCGCUCGAUGGACCACAAGUGGGUGGAGAAGUGGACGCUGCACCAGGAGAUGGAAAAGAAGCGAGAAUUUCAGUUGGAGGAACUGAUCAAGAAAAAUAAGAAACUGGAAAACUUGGUACAGGAACUGAAGGAGUCCAAUUCCCAAUUGAUCGAAGAAAACUAUAUCCGUCCCUUAGAGAAGAACAACGAGGAGCUACAGCAGGAACCGCCGAACCCCUCCAAUGUCUAUAUAAAGAAUAAUCACUACCAUCUGACCAAUCAGAUGUUUGUCAACGGCGAACACUUUGGUCUCAAUCUCGCGAACUCUUCUCCUUUGCCCCCAAAAGUGGAGCCCAAUAUCUGGAUGAAGUACCUCAAGCAGCGCAAGUCCCUGAUGCCAUGCGAGUCCAUUGUCGAUGCCACAGCUAUGAUUGAAGAUACUCCUGGCCGUCAUGAGCCCAUCAUUAUGGGCACCCAGCAGAUGGAGGAGUUGCAGGGCCUGAGCUCUUCUAUCAAUGCCUAGCUUUACGUUCUUCUCAAAAAUUAGUUUUGGCAGCAUAAGAAAUCCAACAAAUAAUUAUAAUAAUACAUGAGAAGACUAAAAAUAUAAACUAAAUACAUAAAU